AUGGGCCCCGAGGAGUACAAGGAAGAGCCAGGCAAGACGGUGGCAGAUGUCCUGAGCCACUGCCAGGUCAUAUAUGAUGCCAUUCAAAACCUGGAUAAGAAGUUUGAUGCCAUUCACAUGAAGCUCUCAAAAAGGCAACACAACCGUCGCUCUAAGAGAAGGACCCGGAAGCAGAAGAAGAAGGAGGAGGAGAAGGUGGGGCCUGACGGUUCUUUCUCUUACCCUGUUAGUUACAGUUCCCCUUUCCCAGUGCUCAGGCGGGAAAAUGACAAGAUCCUCGUGUCGCCUUCCUUUCUGCAUCAGGAAGCAGGGCUAGCUUCAUUUGCCAAGCAGCAGGAGCCCCAAGUGCUUGGAGUGAGCCCCCUUCCGGACCUCUUCACAAAAGCGUGUCCGCAGUAUUUCAUGGAGGACGCCCUGAGUGCCUUUUCUUCUGCUUCUGCGCUGGCCCCGCCUUGCUUUGCCAGUCCCACGGAGCGCAGCAUUGCCAGCAUCUUCUCCACCGGGACUGCCGAGCUGCCUCCAAAUAUCAUGGCCGCUGGCGACGGCCUGCCAGCCUCUAACCCGGAAAUGCUGAAGUACAACGCUCCAGUGGACUCUGGCCGUUCAGGCAGCUGCUUCCCGUCUGGUUUUGCUACAAGCUCACCAAUUGAAAAUGAGCCCAGUGUCAUGAAGUCAGCCUUUGCGGGUGAGCCUUCCGGCUGGAGUGUGGAAGAAGUGCUCCUUUUCCUGAAGCAGAAGGAUCCACACCUGGUGCCCUCUAUCGCUGACCUCUUCAGGAAACAUGAGAUUGACGGGAAGGCUAUGCUGCUGCUCUCGAGUGACCUGCUCAUCAGGCACAUGGGGCUGAAGCUGGGCACCGCCGUGAAGCUGGGCCACACCAUCGACAAGCUCAAGGAGAGAUGCAUCAGCAUUUAA